CCUUCACUGUUCCCUCCAUCUCCCCCCUCACUCUGUCUCGCGUCAGAUCGUCUUACCAUUCAUCUCUCUCUCUCUCUCUCUCCCCCCGCUCUCUUAAACCCUUCGAACACUCCCCGCAGCCGCUCGUUUGAAGGGAGCGCCGAUGGGCUUCAUCAGGAGCACCUUUUCCUUCCUACUUGGGACGGCGUUCGGCGUCUACGCUGCUCAGAACUACAACGUCCCCAACGUCAGGAAGCUCAUCGACACGGGCCUCGUGAUGGCCAAGCACAUCGAGGAGAACUAUCGCAAGCCAAAACGGAGAGACGACGAUGACUGAAUAUGAUUGCGGCGCUUCCGAAUUAGGUUUUCCCCCUUCUUCGGAUGCUUUUUGACGGAUCGAUUGCAGCUCCGGCAUUGAAAUUAACUACACGAUGCUUCAAUUACGGUUGUUUGGCGGAUUUCCUUACAUUGAUUUUGCUAGGAUUGUGAAUUGAAGCUGAUAGCCUGCCGUCGUCGUUGGAAUUCGGAGAAUAAAGCUGUUAGAGAAUUCGACGGUAUUUAUUAGUAAUACAGGGCAAUUGCUUGCAUCCCGUUUCCAUCUGUUUUGUCAAUUCAGCGCUCAUGGUUUUCUCUU